AUGCCGUUGCGAAGCAAGACAACAGUCAAGGUCCAUGAGAUCCCCGCCGGCACUACGAAGCAACAAUAUGUUGACUUCGUUGAGCAUCUUUGUACCAAGCCAAAGAAGCCCUCUAAGUUCCACUUCACUCGGUUUGCUCGGCCCUUUAGACGAAAGUCCAAGUUACCCAUGAGUGCAUCAAAAUCAGCAUCAACGGAAAACAUAGACGAAGACCCAAGGUCAAAAGAUGAGUCUGAGAUUUGCCCCGUACCUUCGAGUUUAAGAGGCGAAGGUGAGCAAGCAGCACCACUUCUUGACGAUCCUCGGUCGACCGCAAGGGGAUGGACAAGGAUCACCUACUGUCGCCAGAACGGUCACCUACUAGGCACAGUGUCUUUUGAGAGCGAGAUCCUCAAGGAUGAAGCCCUGAAACGACAUGAGAAGGAUAACAAGUCGUAUUGGAAAGACUGGGUGGUGGAGGACGACUUUCAGGGAGUUACAGUCAUCUAUGAAGGGCCCGAUGCAAAGUUCGACAUCUGCGCGGUCCAUGGACAGGACGGCAAUGCUAUGGACACUUGGACUGCUGUUAAUGGUAAAAUGUGGUUGAGAGACCUUCUGCCAGAGCAUGAGAACUUCAUAAAUAGUCGUAUCAUGACUUUUGGUUAUGACUCGGACCUGACGGAUAAAAUCACCGUUAUGGGGCUCGAUGAUUGGGCGGAAACUUUAUUACGGUCUCUGAACGAAGUGCGAACUAGCGACACGGAGAAAGCGCGUCCUUUGCUGCUUGUAUGCCACUCUCUCGGAGGCCUAGUAGUAAAAAAGGCCAUGACACAGCUAAGUUCUGUACCCAAAUACAACAACAUCGCUCUGUCUCGAUUUGGAAUUGUAUUCCUCGCUACACCGCAUAGUGGAUCAGAAGUAGCUGACUGGAACGACUUCUUGGUGGCGACGGCUCAUGUCCUUGGAGGCGUUAGAAUAGAGUCAGUCAAGACGCUGCAGCCGUUCAACGCUGCAUCUGUCCGGGAUGCUCAAGCAUUUAUCCGUUUGAAGCCCUGUCCGCCCUUUAGAUGCUUCGCAGAGGGCCGCAUGAUGCGUGUUGUGACACUAUCAUCAGCUACUCUCGGCGAUCAACAAGCAUACCAGAUCAUGAACGUUGAUCACGUUACUAUCUGCAAGUUUGACUCGAAAUUGGGACCUUUCACGACGAUCAGUAUGGAACUAUUAGAGUUGCUCAGUGAAGUGACCAGGCAUGGCAUGCAGCAGUCUGAGCCUCAGCGGGAACGCCGUAUGUUUGGCCAACCACGCUUUCAAGCCCAUGCAUAUCCACCCGAGCAAGGGUUCUGGUGGGAGGGAAACGAGCUGAGCGAGAUUCAACAUCAGCUCACAUUGACGAGACCGUUCUUUGGAAGAUAUACUGAAUUGGAAAUACUCCAGCAGUCACUAAUCACUAACGUGGGGCUUCCGAAGCUCACGGUAAUCAAGGGAAUUGCAGGAAUAGGGAAAACCGAGCUUCUUCUGCAGUUUGCAUCCAAGCAAAAAGGCCGGAGAAAUGUAUUCUUUCUAGCUUCACGGGAUGGAGAGACGUUCGAAAGUGCUCUUGGCACGCUUUCGACACGGAUUGGCUUCGACAUGAUCGACAACACGGCCGUUAACCAAGAACGAUGGAGGCACACACCCGACUCCGAACGCAUUCAUAUCUUUACUAAGUGGCUCUCCAAUGCAUGCAACAAAGAGUCGUUGUUCAUCGUCGAUGAUAUUGAAGCUUUUGGCUACUCUAAGAUUCAAACCAUACUGAAAUAUCCGGUACACUACGCCUUGGUCUCUACACGAGAUUCUAACCUGAAUAGAGCGGAUCGAUACUUUCAAGACAUUAUAUUACCCCCUUUAAGUAACACUGCUACGAAAGAAUUCCUAACGUCGAUGGUCAAUAAUCUAUCGACGAAUACACUUCGCUUGAGCAGACUUGAUUCCGUAGCAGAUAAACUUCAAGGUCAUCCUCUCGCAAUCCGAAACGCUAUCCCAUUUAUACUCGAGCAUUUUAUGAGGUUCGAUGAUCCUAUUGCAGAGUUCCUGGACCUCUUUGAGAGCCAAAAAUCUGAAGAACGGCGACUAUUCCUGGAGUUCAACUUCGAAGGUCGUUCGCUCUGGGAGGCCUUUGAUACUUCUUUCCAGCGCCUACUGCUACAGGAGAACUCAGAAGAAGCAACCAAGUUGAUUCAGAUCCUUCCAUUCCUGUCCCCCGAUAAACACUGCAUAGACCAGGUUCUGCACAUGGAUAAAUCAUGGUUUCACGAAUGCCAAGAAGGACUACCUGACAUGGCAAUUCUAGAGACUAGCCCUCGAGUUAUAUCAUCAUGGUUGUCCAAACUCCGAGGUGUGUCAUUUUAUAUCCUGAGUAGUAGCCAAAGUACCUCCAGAGAUCUCAACUUCCAUCCUCUCAUAUUACAGUACAUGCUGCUUCAUAUAGAUGACAGAACUCGGAUCAAUCUUAUGAGGCAAGUCCUACACCUUUGUUACAUGCUAGAAGACAAAGGAGCGGCUCGCAUGUCCCAAAUAAGGCCGCAUGUGGUGCACUGCACCCGGGUCCGUCGGGGAUUAGGGAUACCACGGGACAGCUUAGGACUUCCUGUGAACAUCGUGCAAUGGGUCAAAACUUGUUGCCGGAAUGCAGAAGUAGGAGUGCACCCACUCGACGAGUCGAAUCGGUUGAAGUAUGAUGCGGUAAACAAGUUUAUUACGAGCUGCCGGGAAAUAGAGAGAAUAUCAUUGGACAACAAAGGCCCAAUUACAGACGAAGCUACAAUCUACAGAGUGUUGGAGAAUUGCAGAAAAGACUUCAUAGCGAUGCAGGAGUUGGCAGAAGGGGAGGAUGGAAUACCUAAGCCACUAAGACCAGCAGUGCUGGAUGCCACUGAGGUAUUUCAAAACAUGGUCAGAUUGCGUAGCAACUACCCAGAGCUCAUUAAUGAGCUUGAGGGCUUGAAAAAUAGGUUGAAGGUCCAAUGA